AUGUCUAUCUGUAUCAAUCCCUGUCUAUCUUUAAAGGUUAUGAUUGAUGAUGCUCAAGCACGGGCGCGUGACAGAGCAAAGGCAGAGGAGAAGGGCAAUGGUAAUGCCUCGGGUGACUACAGGACUGAGCGCGAGAAAGAACGCGAUAAGUAUCGGCAUAGAGGUGGAGAUCGGGACCGGGAUGCCAGGGACAGAGACAGGGAUAGAGACAGAGACAG